AUCAUGUGACCUUCACAAAAUGGUGGAUAAAGGCAUCAGAAAAUACCGGUGUUGUUAGGAAUUGUUGUAGAAGACUUGGUAUUAUUAGAGUGAUCAAGAGGAUGUCAUCCACUUCUGUCCACGCCAAAACAAAGACAGGGUUUAUCAACGGGAAGAAUUAUGACCAAAGUCGCCCAUCAUACACUGAGGAGGCUGUGAGUUAUAUAGCUGACCUUGUAACUGGUGGGAAGAUACCCGGACCUAGCACAGGAAAUGUGUCAUAUGAUAUUGUUGAGCUUGGAGCUGGAACAGGAAAAUUCACACAAAAAGUCAUGUCCAAGUUGACACAGGAUGUUAAAUACCUAGCAACAGAACCUAUGGAAGGCUUCCUGGAUACACUCAAACAACUCUGUCCAUCUGUGAGCACAAAGCUAUGUGCUGCGAGUGAUCUCCCCUUACCUGACAACUCUGUUAGGACUGUGGUGGCUGCCCAGUGCUUUCAUUGGUUUGCCAGUGAGGACAGUCUGAAAGAAAUUUGCCGUGUGCUGGUGCCAGGAGGCAGGUUUGUGAUGGUGUGGAACAACAAGGACUGGGAUGAACCAUGGGUCAAGGACAUCGAGGACAUUUUGUCUGGUUACUAUGGUGAUACACCAAGGGCUAUCAACAGAACAUGGAAAACUGUGAUAGAGAAAUUCUCGGGAUUAUCCUGUAAAGAACACUUUUUUCAGGCAGGAAUAGACUUUCAGGGAGACAAGGAUUUUGUUGUCGGACAUUUUAGUACUAUAAGUGUCAUAGCCUCGUUACCAGAAGAUGAAAAAGAAGAUAUACAACGGAGAAUGUACCAAGUUUUAAACAGCCAUGAUCAGACAAGAGAGAAAGAUAUCAUCAGAAUUCCAUUUAAAACAGAAAUAUAUCACUCUGUAAAAGUUUAAACAAUUCUUGUAUAUCCAAUGUGUGAAAGAUAAGCAGCUGUUUACUAUUUUUAAGUACUAGUACACAUACUUAUAAAAUACUUUGUUAACAGUGCUAUUUUGUCUACUUGAAAUGGAUAACUGUAUCUUCAGCAUUUGGGUCUGAACAACAACUGGAAAGUCAGAUUAUUAUUAUUUCUUCAUUUCCUCCAAUUGGAAGAGUUAACGUUACCUCUUGGAGCAUUGAUAACGACAGAAAUUUAACUCUAAAGAUAGGAUUUAUGUGGGUUAAACUAGGACAUUACACUGUACAUUGUCUAGUCCUGUGUGACCGCAUAAUCAUUUAUAUACAAAUGUAUGAAGAAAUAAAUGUAUUUUUAGUA